GCCUAAACUUGAUCCCAUUUUCCGCGGUGUCAAUUCGACUUGUGCAAUCUCGCGUCUUCCUCGAGCUCUCUUCCGUCCCGGUCUCUUCUUGUUCUUUUCGGCUUCUCUCCAUCUUUCUUGUCCUUUCUUGUAAUUCUUCGCGUUCUCUUCCGGUACCCACCCUGACUUUUGGCUGACACCUCAAUCCUCCGGGCUACUGCUGCUGCUGCUUAAUAGAAAAUUCACCGUGAAUUUACCUUUUCACCACGGUGCAAACUCUCAUCUGCAAGCAGUUCUUCAGUAAUGCCCCGUUGUCCUCGUGUCCCCCUCACUUCAUUCCCCGCGGUCCUUCCUCAAGGGGUCUUAUAGAAAGGCCUAUUCCAAAUGUCUCUUGUCGAUAUUCAACACAGCAACCCUGCCUCAGAGGAACAUGUACCAGUAGAACCUGUUUUGGAGGCUUAUCAACGUCCUUCGGCUCCUGCAAGGACAACCAUUCCUCUUUCUCGUAUACAUCUGACUUAUCCACAGGUGCUUGGCGCCUUUGCGCUACCACUCAUUAUUUCCCCUUCUCCGGGUGAGAAUUCUCCUGAUUCGCCUCCACUAUCGCCCACGCUUUCCUUCCAUACCGCUCCUUCCACACCUGUUACCUCUCCGCAAGGUGAAGAUCCACCACCAGAUCCUCCGCCUGUUCCUAUCUUUGGUAACUCCAGACCGCCAUCACCACCACUCAUCAAUAUUCCAUCAAUCGCAUCUGUUGAAAUCGAAACAAUACCACCACCCGAGGCCCUUUCAUCGCCUGACUUUGCACUAGAUUUCACCCUCGAUGAUGAGGGUUUAAGUACCCUUGAAAAGAUAUACCUUUUUUCUCGUAGUAGAUCAGCGCAUCACAGGGUAUUUAUUUCACAUGCUCUACCAGCAUUCCUAGCGCAGGUAUCGCCUAUAGAAGCUGUCGAGUAUGUCCUCCCGCUGCUUCCGAGUUUGUCUGUCGAUGAAGAUGAGGCAGUGAAGGAGGCUCUGUCAGCGGAACUUGUUUCCAUCAUGUGGUGGUUUUUAACGCAUUGUCACUUGGUCGAAGAGCCGGGUGGCCCGUCUAAUGCCGAUUAUUCUCCUCAGCCUCAAUCUGACGAUCAGGUCACGUUAAUCUCAGUCCAGGCGUUCACUCCUAUUCUAGCAACGCUCCUCCUGAGUUCAAAUGGGGUUGUUAGUGGCUCUGCGAGAUCUGCCGUUGUUGAAUUGUUGGCAAGAAUACAUAGGGCUGAUGAUCUAGGAGACCAGCCCGCUGAUGACCUAUCUUACGGAUUAUUCGGGAGACACGAAAGGACCCUGUUCGAAGAAGAGGUCAUUCAGCAACUUGUGAUAGGCAUGGGACGCCUUGAACCAAGUGAAGACGAAACAGAUGUGGACGAAGUGUGGUAUACACCCGCGGUAGAGGUUCUUCAACCAGAUCCUUCUUUACAAGGCAACAGUUCUGUCAAUCCGUAUUUUCCAAGCACGCAUACACCCUUGUCUUCAGCGACGCACAGCUCGGCGACGGCAUCGACUCUUUCUAACCUUCCUAGUCCACCGGUUGGUGUACCCCCGCCCUAUCCUGAAGCCGUAGUCAUUAGAGUGGACACAUCACCUAUGACUAUAUUAUCUCUUCAGCUAGAGGAUACUGGUCAACACAGUCCAAUGCAGCCCACUGAGGGAUCCUGGGAGCGCGACUCGAUGUCCGCUACGACCCACACUGGAUCUGCACAUUCAGAUCCUGGGUUGGACGGGCAUGAAGGCGGACAAGACAUGGAUCUUGGCGAGCAAGCUGCUGUUGGUCGACUCUCAAGCAUGAGUCUCAUUGCUGCCGUAGUUGCUGGGGGCACGCCGAGGGUCGAUACUCAACGUGCUUUCGUGAGAGAAGUUGAACGAGUCGGAAGAGAUCCUAUUCACUGGGUCAGAAGAGAGGCGUCAUUUGCGUUGGGUGCUCUUGCAAAAGCCGUCCCCGAUGAGCUUAUCAUUGGCUCGCUCCUUCCGUUGUUUGAAUCUCUACGUGCCGAUCCCGCAUGGCACGUGAGGCACUCCUCCCUUUUUGCUUUGCCUGCACUUUUGUCACGUUUGCCAUCAGGCUUGCGCCGAUCAGUUGCUGUCUCUACCAUCAUUCCUCUGUCGCGAGACGAAUCUGCUCCAGUCCGCACUGGGGUCCUGGAGGCUCUAGGGGAAGUCGUAUACACCUUCUAUGGCGAUGACCGCGGACCACCUGAUGAUCUUUUGCGACUGUUCCUUGGCAUCGACAAUAACUCCUCACAACGAGAACGUUAUGCACACCCUACUCGACGAUCGCCAUUACAGGUACUGUCUGCGAAUGCUCCGGUGUUGAUAAUUGAUGACGACCCGGGUCGUCCGCUUGCGUGUGCAUUUAACUUUCCUGCAGUAGCAGUUACCCUUGGCAGAGCGCGAUGGGGAGAGCUACGGGGACUAUACCUCACACUCGCGCAGGACCGCUCACCUAAAGUCCGGCGGACAUUAGCUGCUAGUCUGGGUGAAUUAGCCAAGAUCGUCGGACCAGACAAUGCUCAACGAGAUAUGAUGAGCCUGUGGUGGGAUGCAAUGCGAUCUGAUGACGAUCAUGAGAUUAAAUUCAAAGCAAUUGAGGCUGUCCCUCUCUUCGUUGAGGCUUUGGGCGAAGGAAGGGCGAGGAAUGAGGUGAUCGCUGGUCUGCUCAAUGUAUGGGAGGAAGGCUGUUUGCGCAAUUGGAGAGCACGUGAAGGCGUCAUCAAGAUUAUCGCUGACCUCGCUGGCGGACCUGAACGACCUGAUAACAUACGUGCACUGUUAAAAAAAGCGCUUGAAGACGACUUUGGUGCAGUGAGGGAGACUGCUAUCUCUGUGAUCUGUCGAAUAGCACCGCACGACGUCUGGAGAGCUACGCUCAAUUUGGUCAACGAAGAUAUACUUUCGCUAGCUAACUCUCCAAUUUUUCGAAGACGAAUGACGUUUGUUGCAUGUCAGCAGGCUUUAGUAUCCUCAGCAGGUGGGCUAUCAAUCUUAGUGGAUGAUGCAAGAUGGCACACUCUCGAGCGGUUAAGCAAUGAUAGCAUAGUGGGCGUUCGCAUUGGCGUUGCUCGUUUAUCUGCGUCGAUACUUGAAAACGCUUUGCGCGUCACAUCCGUAGUGCCCCGGCGAAUCUUUGACAUGAUAGAUCAUCUGCAGCAGGACUCUUCUGCAGAAGUCCGAUCUUAUGUUCCUAGUAUGGCAGACUUUCAGCAAGGCCGGACAAUAUUCCCCACCCACUCGGAUAGUUUCUUGACCUUUUCCCGCCCACCCCCAUUGUCCUCAUAGAAGCAAAAUCAAGGAGCCCGUCUUCCCAAUGGCCGCUGGUCGAGUGUUCGGCUGGAUCUCUGUCGCUCUUGACACCUUUCCUCGAAGUCGCCAUCGGUGUAUAAUAACUUUGUUCUGGACUUCCAUCUGUCUGACUUCAUUUACCUUGUUAUUACUCAAUCACCCAUUUGUAUUCUAAAGUUCAUCUGUUAUAAAAGUCAAACGCAUUUUCCUAGA